CUCAUCACCGCCUUCCACCUAAGUAUGUGUGAGUUUUGAUUAACUCCUCUACUUUCUUCUUCUCAUUUCACUACCAAUCAUGAACAUGUUUGUAUCAAACACAAAACAUUCAUUUUCACUUUUUCUUCUUCUUAUAUCUAUUGCACUCUUUUCAUCUUCAGUUCAAUCCAUGAGAUUUGAUUUACCAUCAACUAAAGGAAAUAACGUAAGAUGUUUCUCUGAAGAAAUAAAGAAGAAUUCAAUGGUAGUUGGAAACUACUCCAUUGUGAAUCCCAAUGAGGCUCUUCCUUUGCCCUCUAACCAUACUAUCACUGUUCAGGUUUCUACACAUGGAGGUAUGGCUAAGUAUCAUCUUGCAGAGAGGAUUCAAGCAGGGAAGUUUGCAUUCAUGGCCUAUCAAACUGGUGACUAUAUAAUAUGUUUUGUGGAUACAACUAAAGAUCCUCAAGUUACACUCUCUAUUGAUUUUGAGUUUAGGGUUGGAAUGGAAGCCGUAGAUCGGUUCAAUAUUGCAAAGAAAAGUCACGUUGAUAGAAUGGCACAAGAAGUACAAAUUAUGUAUGAAAUGGCCUUGUCCAUUAAGGAGGAGAUGACUUAUCUUCUUGAACGAAAUACAGAAAUGUUGGAUCUCAACUAUAUAACCGAUAAUAGGAUGUUUUUGUUGAUAUUUGUGUCAUUUUUUGUGUGCUUCUCAGUAGCAGGGUUACAACUGUGGCAUUUGAAGACUUUUUUUCAGAAAAAUAAACUCUUGUAAUUUGUAUUAUUACUUAAUUAUACACCUUUAUUUUCUCAUGUGCUGUGAGAAUUUACAUGAUGCAGAUAAUGAAAUAGCUUGUAUGAGAAUAUCUCAUAUGGAGAAAUAGUUUUUUCAUGUUGUUGAUUCUAUUUGUAUUGGAUUUAUCUAUUAUUUAGUCCCCAAGUUCAACUAAGAUUAAUCAAGUUAUAAUGUAAUUUUGAAUAUCAAACAUCUUAAACAAUGAAAUCAACAAAU